CAGAAUCUCUUGGUAUGGAAUCAUUAAUGGAUAAUUCUCAAUGAUCCGACUGGUUUUUUCCACCGUCAAAGUGGUCUACCAACAUAAUAGCAGAAUGCAUGGGAAACAGACAAGGUGUCCUGCUUAGAUUUGAUGGCUUCAACCCAACAAUCUCAUUCAUCAAAAUGAUCCUGAUUGAAUGCUUCUAACUCUCAAAAUUAUGGACUUUUUAUCUGGACUGUACCAUGUUUCCUUUUCAAUAGUGUACAAAUAGGGUCAUAGUUAGGAUGGUUAUGCUUUCUCUAUAUGGUAUGUAAAUAUCUCCAGUGCAAGACAUAUUCGAUGGUGUCUUUCUUCAACCCACUGCCAGAGUAGUCUACUUACUGGGAAAUUUAGAUUCUCUUCUCGAUUUGAUUUUUUGCUUUCAUCUGUUAUCCUGAUAUUUUCAUGUGUUUGGGUGAAUAGAUGACGGUGGAUGAUGUUUAUCUUUCUUUCCUUCCCCUUGCUCAUGUCCUUGAUCGCAUAAUUGAGGAAUAUUUUUUCCACAAGGGAGCUUCUGUCGGAUUUUACCACGGGGAUCUUAGUGCCUUGAAGGAUGAUUUGAUGGAGCUGAAGCCCACAUUUUUCGCUGGUGUUCCUCGAGUUUUCGAAAGAGUUCAUGAAGGUGCAAUGAAGACUAUAGAAGCACUUAGUCCUUUAAAGCAGAAGAUUUUUGGCAUCCUCUACAGAUACAAACUUGCAUGGAUUAAUUUAGGGUAUAAACAGAAAUAUGCAUCACCGCUGGCGGACUUACUAGCUUUUAGGAAGGUUAAGGCGGGGUUAGGUGGCCGGGUUCGACUAGUAGUAUCUGGAGGUGCGCCCUUGAGCACUGAGAUGGAAGAAUUUUUGCGUGUCACUACUUGUGCCUUUGUUGUCCAGGGCUAUGGUUUGACAGAGACAUGUGGCUUGGCAACGGUUGGCUUUCCAGAUGAGAUGUCAAUGCUUGGAGCUGUAGGUGUUCCUUCAGUAUACAGUGAGAUACGACUUGAGGAGGUUCCAGAGAUGGGGUACAACCCACUCGGGAAUCCUCCUUGUGGUGAGAUAUGUAUCAGAGGGAAGACAGUUUUCGCUGGAUACCACAAAGCUCCUGAUCUGACAAAAGAAUCCUUUAAAGACGGGUGGUUUCACACAGGGGAUAUAGGUGAGCUUCUUCCCAAUGGAGCUUUAAAGAUUAUUGAUAGAAAGAAGAAUAUUUUCAAACUCUCUCAAGGAGAGUAUGUUGCUGUUGAAUAUCUAGAAAAAGUCUAUAGUUCUGCCCCCGUCAUUGAUGAUAUUUGGGUAUACGGGAACAGCGCUAAGUCAACGCUGGUAGCAGUGGUCAUACCAAAUGAAAAUAACACAAAGAAGUGGGCAGACUUGAAUGGCCACACAGGUUCCUUUUCUGAACUUUGUUCACUUGACCAGCUACGAAAUUAUAUUCUCCUCGAGCUCAAGACUGUAGCCAAUAGAAACAAGCUGAGACAUUUCGAAUAUAUCAAAGGAAUUAUUCUGGAUCAUGAACCCUUAGAUGUUCAAAAGGAAUUGGUGACUCCAACUAUGAAGAAGAGAAGGGAUCGACUUCUGAAACGCUAUCAGGUUGAAAUUGAUAAAAUCUACCAAAGCCUGACAGGCAGGAUAUUUUAAGCCCUUGAAGUGUCGUGCACCAUUGGAUUAUGCUGCAUACUGAUGAUGAUGUAAAUAGUUGCACUACUACCCGAGUAUGGAAGGAAAUCUGUCAACUGUGAUAUCUAGCUUUGUACAAACUAUUAUUCACUGGGUUCGCUUUGUUGUGUUUUUGCUCUACUUGCUUUCCUCGGGCCAACCUUAAGCUUGGUUUUGUUGUUAUCCUAGAAAGAAUGGAAGGGAAGACAUUCCCAAAAAUGUUGGAAUAUGUAUUUGAUUGUCUUUUCAGGAAUGUUGGAAUAUGUAUUUGAUUGUCUUCUCAGGGAAAGGAAAAGUCAUCCAAGUGAUGCUUUGGAUAA